GUCUGCCCCACUGAAGCUGCCUUUGUUUGACUGGGAACCAGAGAGAGAGAGAGAGAGAGGGAGAAAUCGAGCAAGAGAGGAGGAGGAGGAGGAGGAGGAGAGUGAGAGGCUUUUAGUUUGGAGCGAUUGAGAGACGGAGGCAGAGUGGGCUCCAUCUCUCUCUCUCUUACUAAGGCUAACACACAUGAACAGGACAACGUUGGUUUGGAUCUAAGCUCACCAUCACUGAAGAUGGCUUCACGCAUUCCUCCCCGGUUCUUUGGAUUAUUUCUACUAGUCCUGUGGUUCUGCUGUCAUCACUCUUCUGCCUAUCAGCUGCUGGACGAGCGCGGUUCUCAGGGAGACUUGGACCUGACUGAGUUGAUCGGCGUCCCCCUUCCUCCGUCCGUCUCCUUCGUCACAGGUUUUGAGGGUUACCCGGCGUACAGCUUCGGCCCGGACGCCAACGUUGGCCGCCUCACAAAGUCUUUCAUCCCCGACCCGUUCUACAAUGACUUCGCACUCACGGUCACGGCUAAACCUACCACGCGGCGUGGCGGUGUGCUGUUCGCCAUUACAGAUGCUUACCAAAAGAUCGUACACUUGGGUGUUGCGUUGUCCGAGGUAGAGGACGGUUCCCAGAGAAUCAUACUGUAUUACACCGACCCGGGGACAACAAGCGGGACCCAGGAAGCAGCUUCUUUCAAAAUGGGCGACCUGACAGGAAGAUGGGCGAGGUUUACCCUGACUGUACAGGGAGCAGAGGUGCGUCUCUACAUGGACUGUGAGGAGUACCACCGAGUUGCCUUCAGCAGGAGCCCUCAGCCUUUGACCUUUGAGGCCAGCUCGGGCAUCUUCGUGGGGAACGCCGGGGGUACGGGCCUGGCGAGGUUUGUGGGCUCCAUCCAGCAGCUGGUACUCAAGUCUGAUCCCACGGCCCCGGAUGACCAGUGUGAGGAGGACGAUCCUUAUGCUUCUGGAUACGCCAGUGGUGAUGACGCUUAUGAAGACAUGGAAGGAAGAGACGAAGUGAAGAAGAUUGUAGAAGAGAGAGAAUACAACAUGCCCUUCCCAGACCAGGACCCCACUUACAGCAGUCCAGUCCAAGCUCCACCCACGGAGAUGUCACCAGUCGACAAUGAUGAUGAAGACAUGGAGACAUCUGGACAGGAGGUGGCGACAACAACAGGAAGAGCAAAAUCAUUUCCAACAAGUGCUCCAGCCUCCGUCCUUGACACUUCCCGCCAGGUGUCUCAAGGACAAAAAGGGGAACGUGGCGAUCCAGGUCCUUCCGGUCCCCCAGGACCACCCGGCCCUCCAGGAACAGCCUCGGGAGAUGGCGAGGGAGGGGAGCCCGGACCCCGAGGUCCGCAAGGACCACAGGGACGUCCAGGUCCACCUGGAAUUCCUGGGAAAGAUGGACAGCCUGGAAGCAAAGGUGAAACUGGCGUCCCAGGAGCAACUGGAGUUCCAGGAUUCCCAGGACUCCAGGGAGAGCCUGGCUCCCAGGGAGAAAAGGGUGAUCCUGGUGUCGGACUGCCAGGUCCUCCAGGACCACCUGGACUUCCAGGUCGACCUAGCAAGUCUGCCAUGUUCCUGGAGGGGUCAGGAUUUGAAGACUUCGAUAGCGAUGCAGAGAUUAUUAGGGGGCCUCCAGGACCUCCUGGUCCACCGGGAGAGCCAGGGCGCCCAGGAACCCCAUCCGAAGACAUCUUUCCUGGACCUCCUGGAGCCCCCGGGAAAGAUGGAGAAAAUGGUGAACCUGGACUGCCUGGUGUUGAUGGAAAAGAUGGGGAUCCAGGCCCUGCUGGGACAAAAGGAGACAAGGGAGAGCCUGGCGUGAACGGGCAACCAGGACCAAAGGGAGAUCAGGGUCCUCCAGGGUUUCCAGGUCUACCAGGCUCAGAGGGUCCAGAGGGCAAGCCUGGUCCCAGAGGUCAACCUGGCCUUCCUGGGCCACCAGGUCCCCCUGGAAGAGGAUUCAUGUUGGACUUUGAGGACAUGGAAGGAUCUGGGAUCCAGAGUGCUUUUGGAGCUGUGCCCUCCAGAGGUCCACAGGGUCCUGCAGGAAUCCCAGGACUUGAAGGACCCAAGGGUAAAGACGGAUUAGUCGGCCUCCCAGGAAAUCCAGGUGAAAAGGGGGAACCAGGUGCUACAGGACCACCAGGGUUUCCAGGACUGGAGGGAGUAAAAGGGGCAGAGGGAGAAAAGGGGGACAAAGGUGAUCCAGGACAAAAGGGAGAGGCAGGACGUGAUGGGCUCGCUCUGCCUGGUCCUCCAGGUCCACCUGGACCACCAGGACCCAUUAUCAGCCUCCAGGAGCUUCUACUCAACGAUACAGAUGGUGCCUUCAACUUCUCAGGGAUUUUUGAAGCUCAGGGAGCCGCUGGUCCGAAGGGUGACAUUGGGUUGCCAGGAGUUCAAGGACCUCCAGGACUGAAGGGUGAAAAGGGGGAGCCAGGGCACGUCAUCGCGGCAGAUGGAUCCAUGCUGUCCGGCCUGGCUGGUCCAGUGGGACCCAAAGGAGUCAAGGGAGAUAACGGUUUACCAGGACCUGCUGGAAUCCAAGGCCCUAUCGGACCACCAGGACCCAAAGGAGAAUUUGGUUUUCCUGGAAGACCUGGUCGUCCAGGCCAGAUGGGACCAAAAGGAGAGAGGGGGGACUCAAUAGGUCUGCCGGGACCUCCUGGCCUUCCUGGACUACCGGGUCGCCCAGGAAUAUUUAACUGCCCCAAAGGAACAGUGUUCCCCAUCCCUCCCAGACCACACUGCAAAAUGGCCGUCUGUGUCUAUGAGAAUGCUAAGCUGCAUGCCGUCUUCAUUAAACUUCAUCAUCGAGUGCAUGUUGCUCUGUGUAACACCGGUACUAGCCAACCUUUUGUCACCCAGAAUGAUUUGUGGAUGAAUCUAAAGUAUUCCUGCAUGGUGCAUGUCCGAUCUGGAAAGGUGAAGGUUCACUACCAAAACAACGAGCUUAAUCCCAAUGGAACAAUUUCAGUCGGUAACUGUCAGACGGGACUAAAAGGAGAAAAGGGAGAGAGAGGACUUCCUGGGAUGGCGGCGUCUCCGAACACAUAUUUUCCACGCAGUGGCUGGGGGGUAAGAGGUGAACAGGGCAUUAAAGGAGAGAAGGGAGACAAGGGGGAGUCAGGGUUCCCUGGGCGACCAGGUAUCCCAGGGAGACCAGGACCUGUGGGACCCAAAGGAGAGUCAGUGCUUGGUCCCCCAGGCCCCCCCGGAGUGCCAGGUUCACCAGGUAUCCCAGGCUAUGGUAGACCAGGACAAGUCGGCCCUCCUGGGCCGCCAGGGCCUCCGGGACCCCCCGUGACAUCCUUAAGAUAUGGUUCUGCUUUGACCAUUGCCGGUCCUCCCGGACCUCCUGGACCACCUGGACCUCCUGGUAACACAGCAUCACUGAAAACCUUUUCGACCCGUGAGAGUAUGAUGCAGAACACCGCCAGGGAUGCAGAGGGAACUAUGGUGUACGUCACAACAACAGGAAAUCUCUUCCUCAAGGUUUCCCAGGGGUGGAAAGAGAUCCAGCUCGGCAGCCUGAUCUACCUCUCCAAUAACAUUAUUCCACAAGAUGAGCCUCGAGUUGCAUAUCAAAUAAGAGGAGACACAAUGGAAAGAAUAACUUCAGUUAACGAAAGGCUCAACCUAGUGGCCUUGAACCAGCCCCACUCUGGCGACAUGAUGGGACUCGACACAGCUGACUGGCUGUGUUACGAGCAAGCCAAGGCCAUGGGUUUGGCACCAAACUACCGUGCCUUCGUCUCUUCCCACAGGCAAGACCUGGUCCAUGUGGUCUUUCCUGGUUUCCGGGAAACUCUGCCAGUCACCAAUCUCAGGGGAGACGUGAUGUUUAGGAACUGGCGGUCAAUUUUCACCGGCGAUGGGGGACCAAUCGAUGCCAGAACACCCAUCUACUCCUUUGACGGACGAGAUGUUUUAGCUGACCCCUUCUGGCCCCAGAAGAGCAUCUGGCAUGGCUCCACCAGUAGGGGUCUCAGAGUGGUGGACAAACACUGUGAGACGUGGCGAGCGGACCACAUGUCUGUCAUGGGCCAGUCAUCGAGCCUGACUUCAGGUCUGCUCCUGGACCAGCAGACACGGAGCUGUUCUAACCAGUACAUUGUUCUUUGCAUCGAGACCCACAAAAACUUUUAAACGCCACCCCGCCUCUCAUACCACUCCACCGAGGACCGCCAUAAAUGUUCAGCACUCUGGGAAAAGAUUUGAGUGCCUUUCUUAGUAAAGGACGUCAUUUUCAGAACAACUUCGGUGCUACUUGUACCAUUUUGAGGACCACAUUUAACACUGUGUAGAGCAAUAAUGUUAUUAAGAAGCAGUAACAGCUCUCGACAACAGCAAAGAUAUAAUCGGAUGCUACGAUGUGGAACUGGAAUUAUUUUGUGGAUUGCUUUUUUCCAAGUUUACACCUUAAAGGAAUGUCCCCUUGUUGUAAGGCAAUCCAGAAGAUUUCCUCCCACAUUCAACCUGGUGGCACAUAAUAUAAAAUGCAACACAGAGCCUGACGGAAGAUGCCAGUCUUCUUGUACUUAAAUCAUGACAAUAACGUCUCGUAGAGAAUGUGGUAAUGAGUUUAUUAAUGUUAAAAUGAUACAUGCAGCACCUUUAACCUUUACUCAAGGAAAGUGGACAGACUGGUCCCCACAUAGCCGCCCAGGUGUGAGCGUAAGACGUCUCUCUUUUUCCAAGUUUGUCUCUUUGUGGUGACAGACUGAAAACAGUGAUUGAGAGGCUGCAGGAAUCUGCAGCUGUCCCGAAAUGUGGCAAUUCUUUACAAAUGAUAGAUUUCCAAAGACUUUUGUGACGGGAGCGUAAAGAGCUACUUUCACUGUUUUUGUUUACAGGUUGUCAUGGAGAGUUUUUAAGUUUUUCGGUUUACUCGAUGUUUUAAGGGCAAUGAUUUGUUUUUUUUCGAUAACUUACACGGUCCCUCGUCCAACAGUGGGAUGAACAAGACAGCCAGUGUUGCCACCAAAGUCAUUUUUAAUGCACUGUAUUUUAUUUUAAAGAAUAUUUUCAAGUACGACGUCUUCCUCUUCGAAGGUGUUGUUUGUGUUGUAGCUUUUCAUCUUGGUGAUCUCACGUCUUAGCAGUUCUAACUCUCAAUAGUCUAUUUAAUUUAAACUCAUUGAUUUAUUUAUACCGUCACAGCACAUAACAUGAAAUCAGAUGAUUAAAUUUAAGAAUGUAAUUUAUCGUUUGUUGUUUGUCAAAUAACUGUUUCUUCUCACUUUUUUUUUGCGUCUUUUCUAUUUUUUGUACAGUUUUUUUUCUAUCUUUCUUUUUUUGUCUUUUUUUUAAUUACGUUUAUUGAUUUCUGGCGAAUGUUGACACGAGUCCAAACAGAAUUUCCACCUGGUUUAGAGAUACAAAUGUUGAAACAGGCUAAAUAUUUUCAUGCAGGAGAAGAAAAAAAAAAAGAAUCCUAUAAAAAUAAAUUCAAAGGGAAAAAGUGAGAGCACGUUUCUGUAUAAAUAUUGGUGCUUUGUUAAAUAAAUUUUUCUCUUUUCAUAAA